AUUAAAUCUGACAACACACGUGGUCGAAAAUGGCUGAUCAAGGUAACAAAUUUUAAUUUUUUUAAAUGUUUCAUUUUAUGAAAUCUAGCAAAAUGUUUGUUCUAAGUUUCUAGCAGAAUGAAGUAGGCUAGUGUAGAUCUAUGUUUGUUGUAUACAAGCGGGGAUUGUAAAAAAUCUGAGGUUUAAUUUAUGUAAACAAAUGACUGUAUAUUGACUGUAUUUAAAACAUAAAUCACAAUAUGUAUAUAAUUUUAUAUAUUGAAGUUGAAGCACAAUGCAAUGUGAAUAUGCACAGCCAGUGUAUGGCUUGAAGACCUAAAAGUUGUAUUCACAGGCUACAGUUAGAUUUGUACCCAAACAGGCUGUCUGGUGUUUGAACUAUUUUGAAGAUUUUAUCAACUUGGUUAAUGACUGUUAGUAUAAUUAUAUAGGUGAUUAUUGAAAAUUCUCCACGCUGAUUGGUUGCCGUUGAGGUGAUUAUUACGCGAUAAUCACCUAAGUCAUUUUCAAAAUGGCGGCCGAAGCCGUUUUGUCAAUUAAAUGACGAAGAAACAUUGUAUUCUUUAUUUUUUUCUAAAUAACCACCUAUGAAAUUAUACUAAAACAAUUAUUCACCUCAGGCUCGGUGAUUAUCGUGAAUAAAAACCUCGACUUCAUCUCGGUUUUUAUUCACCGAUAAUCACCUCGCCUUCGGUGAAUAAUUGUUAAUUAAUCAUUGAAAAUCUGUGCUCCUCUGUGACCGAGGAAAUGGGCAUAAUGUCUCAUAAUGUUUGAAAGUGUCAUUUGUCUGAUUUAUACAGGAGCUAGUCUUGUGUCUGACAGAUCGCCAGUUUAACUGAUAUCACAAGUUUACCAUUGACCUAUCCAGGUGAACCGGCUGAUCUAUACUCGUCUGCCAAUGUUUUUGGGUACAAAUCAUGCUGAUUAUUUUCCUAAUAAUAGGCAGAUCGCUCUGAGAAAUUUGCAAGCGACGUGAACACAGUUGCAAGUCUUUGAUUGGCUAUAAGAAAAAGGGAAGCUUCAAUCCAGUUGCUCAGACUAUCUGAUUGGCUUCCUUUUUACUAAUAGUCCAAUCCGAGGCUUUUUUACAAAUCUUUUGUGAACUUCAAAUUGAAACUGUGUUUGCAUCGCUUGCAAAUUGCUCAGAGCAAUCUGCCUAUCAAAAUUGCAAUAUUGUGGGUUGGAAUGUUGGUGAUAAGGGGAAAAAUGGAUAAUUGGAAUCUUGCUUGCAAGAGAACACCCGGUUUGACUGUAAAGUGUUUAUUUUUCCCAUUUUAACACACAUACAGACAAAAUGGAUGUUGGUGAUGAGGGGAAAAAUGAGGAAAGUAAUGAAAUGGAUGAUGACAAUGCUGCGGAAACUUUGGGUAAUAAAAACAGUUUCUUAAUUCUUGCUGACAUGCCCGCUUUUCCAGAAAAAUGUACCUUAUUAAAUUAACAUGCCCAACACUUUAAUUUUCAGGCAGUUCAUCCACAGCCGUGUCGUCCUCGGGUAACGCGACUGGAAAAUCCAAAAAGAAAAAGAAAAAAAAGAAAAAGAAAAAAUCACAAAAGGAAAAUGGAGAGACGAGCAAAGAGAACAAUGAGGAAAUGAACCUUGGUGGUGAAGAUGAAACAUCAGAACCUCAGGUAGAGUAAUAUGAACAGGGUUUGUAGCGGUCUUUGAAAUCCUUGAAAGUCUUUAAAUUGGAAUGCAGGUCUUUGAGGUCUUUGAAAAGUCUUUAAAUUGUGUGAAAAAGCGAAGAAAGUCUUUAAAAGUCUUUAAAUUCUUUGGUGAGGAAUUGAUUAUACAAUUUCCUAGCUAAUAAAAAAGAUUGAUUGAAGCAACAUUUUCGCAAAUAUCGACGAAAAUGCGCAUUUUAGGAUGUGAUUUGACGGGACUAAUACUGGGUAAAAAUGGUGCUUUCACUCACAAUUUUUCGACAGCUGAUUGCUCUCAAAGGUCUUUGAAAAGUCUUUGAAAAUAGGCAGAAAAAAUCUUUGAAAGUCUUUGAAUUUCUUUGGUCUUGGAGACUACGAACCCUGUAUGAAACUCACAGGGCUGAAUGAAUGGUAGGUAGGUAGGCAUUUUAUAUUGGCACCAUUUGCUUAAAUGUUUUGCUUGUUUAUACUUGCAAAUUACAUGUACUUUGAUGUAAUUAGUGCAUUUUUCCACAUAGUACUAUCGGCAAACAAUUGAAUUAAUGCUUUAUAUUAUUAGUAUAUUACAUGUAUGCUUUAUUUGUUCAGUGAAAAUGCUCAGGUGCAUGAAGAAUUCAAUUUUGGUGGGUAAUUGAGGUUCUCAGCUCACUAAUACCACAUCCAUUAACAGACAAACCGCAACCAUAACAAUUAAAUAAUUAUUAUUAACCCAUUAAGCUGCAGAGCUUCCCCAUUGACAAGUAAAAUAAUCGGACUCAAAAUGAAGGAGCCUUAUGCUUUUUUGGAAGAGCAUCGUCCCCUAACAACGACAAGAACAACAAGAAGAAGAUUAGCAGCGAUUGGGCACCAGUUCUUGGUCCAAAAAUGCAAUGGCAUUUCAAGCUACUGUAGCCCAAGAUAAUUCUGGCUUGAAUUUCUACAAUACAACUGUUUAUUUUUUGUCAAGGUUUAUCUCCCAGGCGGCCCAAUGGAAGAGGGAGAGGAGUUGACAUUCGAUAGUUCAGCAUAUAAAAUUUAUCAUCAGGUAUGUAUGCACUGAAUGCAGGGACACCGGAAAGUCGAUAAUGGGGCAGAUAUUCAUAUAUUCAUGUUCUGCAUAAUUUAUUUCCUUUGAAAGCGAUUGUUUUUGCAGUCUGUGAACACAAAUAUAUGAAUAUCAGCCCACCCAAUUAUCGACUUUCCGACGUCCCUGACUGAAUGGCAUUACCCCUGCUUUUGUACAAGCUUACAGCAUUGUCAACAUUGAUUUUCUUGUUUCUGAAGGUUCAGUGUGGAGCUCCAUGUUUAAGUUUUGAUAUCAUUUCUGACAACUUGGGAGAUGACAGAGCUGAAGUAUGUUCAGUAUAUAUUAGGGAUUUAUAAUGUUUUAUAUGUUGUGUUAAUAAAAAGAAGUGUUGAAUAUAGAUGCUUUCUUAUGUUUCAGUUUCCAAUGACGAUGUAUCUUGCCACUGGCACGCAGUCUGCAAGUGGAAAACAGAAUUUUUUAAUUGUCAUGAAAAUGUCUGAACUGCAGGAAAUGGAAGAAGAACACAGUAAGAUGUCUAAGACACCAACUUCAUUAGGUACCACCAUCAUCACCAUCAUUGUCAUCAUCACCAUCAUCCCUGUCAUCACCAUAAUUAUCACUGGUCAUCAUCAUCACCAUCAUCUUCACCAUCAUCAUCGCUGUCAUCACCCUAAUUAUCACCAUCAUCAUUAUCAUCAAUGCCAUCACCAUAAUCACCAUCAUCACUGUAAUUACCAUUAUCACUGUCAUCAUCAUAAUUACCAUCAUCAUCACCACCAUCAUCACCACCAUCUUCACCACCACAAACAUCACCACCACCAUCAUCACCACCACCACCAUCCCUGUCAUUACCAUAAUUAUCUUCAUCAUCAUCUCUGUCAUCACCAUCAUCAUCAUCCCUGUCAUCACCAUAAUUAUCUUCAUCACCACCACCAUCAUCAUCCCUGUCAUCACCAUCAUCAUCAUCCAUAAUUAUUUCAUCAUCAUCUCUGUCAUCACCAUCAUCAUCAUCCCUGUCAUCACCAUAAUUAUCAUCACCAACAUCAUCACCAUCAUCAUCAUAAUUAUCUUCAUCAUCAUCUCUGUCAUCAUCAUCAUCCCGGUCAUCACCAUAAUUAUCUACAUCAUCAUCUCUGUCUUCACCAUUAUCAUCAUCCCUCUCAUCACCAUAAUUAUCUUCAUCAUCAUCUCUGUCUUCACCAUCAUCAUCAUCCCUGUUAUCACCAUAAUUAUCUUCAUCAUCAUCUCUGUCUUCACCAUCAUCAUCAUCCCUGUCAUCACCAUAAUUAUCAUCAUCAUCACCAACAUCAUCACCAUCAUCAUCAUAAUUAUCUUCAUCAUCAUCUCUGUCAUCAUCAUCAUCCCUGUCAUCACCAUAAUUAUCUUCAUCAUCAUCUCUGUCUUCACCAUCAUCAUCGUCCCUCUCAUCACCAUAAUUAUCUUCAUCAUCAUCUCUGUCUUCACCAUCAUCAUCCCUGUCAUCACCGUAAUUAUCUUCAUUAUCAUCUCUGUCUUCAUCAUCAUCCCUGUCAUCACCAUAAUUAUCAUCAUCAUCAUCACCAACAUCAUCACCAUCAUCAUCAUAAUUAUCUUCAUCAUCAUCUCUGUCAUCACCAUCAUCAUCAUCCCUCUCAUCACCAUAAUCUUCAUCAUCAUCUCUGUCAUCACCAUCAUCAUCAUCCCUGUCAUCACCGUAAUUAUUUUCAUCAUCAUCUCUGUCUUCACCAUCAUCAUCAUCCCUGUCAUCACCAUAAUUAUCUUCAUCAUCAUCUCUGUCUUCACCAUCAUCAUCAUCCCUGUCAUCACCAUAAUUAUCAUCGUCAUCACCAACAUCAUCACCAUAAUCAUCAUCCCUGUCAUCACCAUAAUUAUCUUCAUCAUCAUCUCCGUCAUCAUCAUCAUUAUCAUCAUCAUUAUCACCAUCAUCACCACAAUUACCAUCAUCACCAUAAUUACCAUCAUCACCACCAUCAUUACCACCAUCAUGAUCACCACCAUCUUCACCAUCAUCAUCACCAUCACCAUCAUCUUCUUCUUCACUGUCAUUACCAUAAUCUCUAUCAGUACCAUCAUCAUCACCAUCACUACCUCCGGUAUCUUUGGUUAUUUGUAUAGUGGCAGACUUUACUCAUCAAGAGAUUGUUAUGUUAAGGUGAUGAUGAAGGUGUUAUUGAUGAUGAACCAGAGUUGACAAUGGAACAGAUUAAACAUAAUGGAGCUGUGAACCGAAUUCGAGUAUGUAUUUGUUAGUGUGUUUGUCUUCUUCACUGUCAGUCGUCUAAUAUUGAAAACCACGAUUUAAAGUCUGAGCUCUGAACAAAUGAAUAAGUCAUCUGAUUUAUACUGAAGACAGAUCAUAUUUCAAAACACAUGAGACGGGUCAUCCAUCUCAGUGUAAACACAAGACGCUAGAACAGCAUGAUCUAUACUGGUAAUGGUUCUGGGAACAAAUCAUGAUUGAUAUUUUCCUGAUAGUUCGUCUAAUGUGGUAUUUAUAUACAUAGACAGAUCUUCAGUCUCAGUGUAAACACAAGAUAAACUAUUCAGAUGAACUAGUUAGAAUACCAUGAUCUAUACUGCAAUAUUACCAGUAUUAAUGGUUUUAACCAUUAAUACCAGUAUUAAUGGUUUUGGGAACAAAUUAUGUCUGAUAUUUUCCUGAUAGUUAGUCUAAUGUCGUAUUUAUACAGACGUAGACUGAUCAUCUGUUAAGAUUCACUAUACGUACAGUACAACACUUCGUUUGUGCCGAUGAACCCAGGGUUCGUACAAAACUUGAAAAUCCUUGAAAGUCCUUGAAUCUGGAAACAAAAAUUCAAGGCCUUACAAGGCCUUGAGUUUAUAAAGAAGUGCUUGAAAAUCCUUCAAUUGUUCUUGCUAGCUAGUGGAUAUUUUCUCAAAUUGUUUGACAUUAAGUACUGGGCAUUUAGUAGCCUGCGUAGCAGGCGGUAUUCGCGGGCACGAGAGAACGGGAAGCUAGAAAUACCGCCUGCCCGAAAACUACACAUUCUGAGUUCUCCGGCAGCUGGGUGACGGAGCAUUCUGAUUGGUCAGAAGGUUGAUUUUGAAUUUUUGAUUGACAGGAGUAAAGAAUUAGAAUAAUUAGUGCUAAUUUUAGAAGUUAUACUGUUGCCGUAUUGAUACCGAUAUAUCGAGUGAUGGCAUACACUGACGAAAAAAUAACGAAUGUAUUAAUUGAGAAUUAAGCGUUGAAUUCUUCAAUCUUUAUCUGGAAUUGGUCAUCCCAUCGUCUUGAAGAAUGAACAACGAAUAUCAAUCCAACAUUUGUUGCUUGAUAGAGAUGUGUUACCGUGAUAAAAGUGCAGAUUUGAAGAUACAGGCUCGUAAAUGACACUCUAUAAGUAGUGUUUUUGAUAGCGAUUGGAACAAGACUAUUACAAAGAAGUUAUGUCCGAAGGGGCCGAAGUCAUGUUCGGCGAAAUGUAUGGCUAGUCCAUAUUUUUGUUCAGACAAUUGCGUAUAAUUUGAUAAUAUACGAACUCGCUUGACUUCCAAAGCUCAUAAAUCGCUAUAAUGUUGACAUCGACUAAAACUAUCGCUAUGAAUGAGGACAUAUUGUUACACUGAAUCGAACGUGGUAUUUUUGUCUUCAUAGGAUUGAAUGAACUGAAGAUAUGAAGCGCCAAAGCCGUAUAUUUGCACUGGUGCUGUGUUGCAAUACGUGAGUUUGACAAAGAUUAAAAUACAUUACAGUAAGAUGGGCGGAACCAUGCGUUCGGUGGGCGGAACUCAGAAUGUGUAGUUUUUGGGCAGGCGGUAUUUCUAGCUUCCCGUUCUCUCGUACCCGCGAAUACCGCCUGCUACGCAGGCUAGCUCAAUUAACUUUGUCUUACUUGAAAGAACUUUUAAAGUUGCAUAUGAAGACCCUUUACAACUUUUUCGUACCUCGCUUGGUUUUCGAAAUAUUUUGACCAAAAACAUGCAGUGUGCAGUUCGCCAUCUUGGUAUUAUUAUAAUUGACCUAAUUAACUGAGUUUUUUAUGACGUCACAAGCAGGGUAAAUUUGUUAAAACUUUAUCAUGUGCAAGUAAAUUUCUUCGAAAAGUUUCUUGAAAUGUUGCGAGUUAAUUGAGUUUUAAAAAGACUUUGGAAAAUCGAGUUUCAUAUUGAUAAUGACAUGUGGUUUGCAAGAUACAAAUUUCGCUUUUUACCAGUUUACCCUACUUGUGACGUAUGCAUAUCGAAUGCAUAUCCAAGAUGGUGGAAUGCACGCUGUUCUUUCAAAUAAGACAAACUUAAUUUAUAUUGCCAUGUCCCUUUAAACACAGUGAUAGGAACUGUUUAGUUAGGUAACUGUAGUACAAAUAUUGUAAGUUCUUUCGUAUUGGCUCACAAUUGUGAUGAAUAAUAAAACGACUACACUUUAUUAACCCAUUGAGGGGCAGCACUCUCUCCCUGACGAAUAAAAUCGUUUGGCAUUAGACAAAGUAAAAUAAUAAAGUAGGGCGCAUCUGGGCGCAUUGCCACGUAAAGGGUUGAUGAUUACAGUAACAUAACAAACGAAAUCCAUCAUCUUUGUGAAAUGAUAACUAUUUUUGUAAAAUUCAGUCAAUUUAGAUCCAAUUCGUUUGCGAAUUCAGUGCUUUAGAAAACGGCUGAAAUGCAGUCCUGGAGCUUCAAAAAUGUAAACAUUUGGGGGGGGGACCCCAGACCCCCGCUUUCGUCGAAAACUUACUAACUUAGUAUGACAGUGGAAAUAUAUAAUUACACUUCAGGUAAAUUUUUAACAUUGAAGUUUAAAUUUCAGGUAAAAUCCUCCGACCCCCCCUCUACCCCCAACCAACCUCGUACCCAGGAUCAAAGAAAGAUCCUGGGUACGAGGUUGCCCCCUCCAACUUCAGAUGUUUCGCUAUGUCCCUGCAUCCGACAGGGAGUAGCCUUCCUUGGGAGUCCGACUGUAUCUUUAAUUUCCUUGCCCGAGUUCGUCCAGACGAACACGCCUGAGUUAGAACUGUGACAUCUGUUUUUUAGUAUGCUCAUAUUCCUGGACGUCAAGUGGUUUCGACUUGGUCUGAAACUGGUAAGGUUCAUAUCUGGGACAUUUCACAACAAUUCAUCCAAGUUAACGAUGAGAACUCUGCGACGAAAACAACUUCAGAGAAUAAGCCAUUGUACACGUUCACAGGACAUCAGGUAAAUUUCUUUUCUCGUUGUAAAGUAAAAUUAGGGCUGUUAAUCGUCGUUUGUUGCAGCCUGAAUACCUGAGGAUGCAGUCAAAUGUCUACCACCCUAAAUAAAUCUGCUUUCCCAUACAUUUUCUGCUUUUCGAAUAGCGAUUAGCGGAACUUCUACUGUUAGUAUACAUGUCGAUUUCUUGAAACGAUUUAAUUGAUUUGUGAGCUCACGAGAAAAUACUCAGAAUGCUUUAGUUAAAUAUCGUGGUUGAAUAUGUAAACAUGUCGAGGUUGUUAUAAACAGCCAUAUCUUCAAAUGUACUGUACUUUAACAAGCAAAUUUACUGUACUGUGCUACAGCAACUGUCCAUUCACGCAUGCAUGAUUAAAAGCUGAUAUAAACUUUAUAAACAAAAGACUGAAAUACAUGCAUGCAGAUUCGGCUAUCUCAAAUAAUAGUAAUGUUGGGGUAGUAGCGUUGCAGACUGCAGAGGAGAGUGGGCAGUAAGGCUCCCUCAUGCACCACCCCCAUUGAAAACCUGCACCCCUCCUUGCAGAUGAGGCUAGAUCAGCCCAGGAUAGUCAUCAAUCAUGAGUAACCCCCACCCUCAACCUACUGUACCAAAUUUAACUUGGCAAUAAGAUAUAUUAAUGUGCGACUAACCAUUAAUAUGAUUUUUGGUAUGUGUAAUAUUUGGGUCAUUCGAAGAAGAAAUGUAAUAUAUCUUUAUAAUAAAAAAUCCUAUCUUGAUCAACUUUUUCACUGUCAAAGUUUCCGGAUAUGAUAUCAUUAGGUGAAUUUUCAAAUUAGUUUUCCUUUGUUUUUUGUACCAAAAAUUCACCAAAUGACAUCAUAUCUGGAACUUUGACAAUGAAAAAGUUGAUCAUGAUGAGGUUUUUUACUAUAAAGAUACAUUACAUUUCUUCUCUGAACCCAAAUAUUACCCAUACCAAAAACUAUAUUUGGGGUUAGUCGCACUGUAAUGUGAAAUAUCUUUUUGUAGACGGAAGGGUUUGCAAUGGACUGGUCAAGAACCGUUCCUGGCAGGUAAACAUUUUAAAAUUGUAUGCGGUGGCUGUCUAGAUAGUUUUGGUUGAUUUCACUAAACAUUAUCGUGCGGCAGAUUGUGGUCAGACCUGCAGUUAUCCGAGUAUUUAGUAUAGUUAUCAUGUAUUUCGUUUAUUAUGUUAAUUAACAAUGAUUCGCCGAAGGCGAGGUGAUUAUCAGUGAAUAAAAACCGAGACGAAGUCGACGUUUUUAUUCACGAUAAUCACCGAGCCUGAAAUGAACAUUGAAUAAUUGUUUUAGUAUAAUUUGAUAGGUGAUUAUUUGGGAAAAAAUAAAAAAUACACGUUUCUUCGCCAUUUAUUUUAGGUUAUAUUUCAAAGAUUCUCAGUGCACUGAAAUAAUGUUUUCUGUUAAAUAUAGCAUGACAUCUAGUUUGACAGCUUAAUGUCACACAUGCAGUUACAGUGGCCAAGUGGCCAUUUACUUAUUUGCAGAAAAUUUUCAAUGUUCUCUUGCGGUCCCAGGAAGUGAAAUAUUUUUUCCACCCCGGUCAGUUAAUCGUUUUAUUAUUCAUCACAAUUGUGAUGGCUUACGGGGCACUCCAUACAGAACUUACAAAGUUUGUACUACUGUUACGCUGGGUUUGUACUAUGUUAAACAGUACCUUUUACAGUGUUUGCGUGAAGAGUACUUCCCAAGUAAUUUAGAAAAAAGAUCCGUGCUUUAUAUAAACAGUGAAACUACGAAUACAUCCGGUAAGACAGAGGCUAAAGUUUUCUACACAGGCAAAAUAUGUAAAGACUGUACAAAACAAACUACUAAGCUAGAUCAGUAAUGAACAAUGCAUGCAACUUGUUAAACCUUUUGUCCCUUUAUGGAAUUGUAUUAUACGUUUCUAUAUAUUAUAUACCGAUUAAAUUGUUCAUUGUGAAUAGAAAUCUAAGCGUCCGACUUGUCAAUGUGCAUGUUCUGACCAUAGAUAUCUUAUAUACACUAGAUAGUGCAUCUAAUUAUUCUACAAUUCAAAAAUUGAAGCCGUGAUUGCAGACUCGAGAUAUUACCAUGAAAUGAGAAGAUUCGUAUGUUUUCUAUUUCUUAAACACGGAACUUAAAUAUUAAGUUAAAUUUAUUCCAAAUACAUUUUUAAACUAUUCAAAUGACGAAAGUUAUUGUUGUUUUUUAAGCGUUUAUUAGCGAGUGGGGGAAACACCAACAUGGCCGCCAUCUAUUCAAAAGGGGGUAACCGCUGGAAUAUUCUUGGCUUCAAUUUUACUUAAAGAGAUGCGCUAUCUAGUCUAUAUAUAAGAUAUCUAUGGUUCUGACAUUUUCAGGUUUGCCAAUCCACUUCUCAAAAAAUACAGUUCGAGUUAACCGGGUAAAUUUGACCAAGGGAAAAUGAAAUUUGUUCGAGUUAAGCGAGUUCGGUUUAUCUGGAGUAUUUUUCUAUUUGAAGAGAAAUAAAUAGAAAUGAGAGAUGUUCCUCCUUUAAGCGUCAACAUUUCUGACGUUGACCGCGCUGUACUGACCUGGAGCGCGUUCUGAAACCCAUGCAAUGUAAAUGUUGCACCAACAAGUGGACGUCAAAACGUUUAUACCGCGUUUAAUUUCCAGGUUGCUCACUGGAGAUUGUAAUAAAAAUAUCCAUUUAUGGAACCCUACUGAGGAAGGUUCAUGGCACGUUGAUCAAAGACCAUAUUCCUCUCAUACGCAAUCUGUGGAAGAUUUACAAUGGAGUCCAAACGAAGACACUGUAAGUAAAUUUAUAGUGGAUUAGUUACCCCUUUAAGAUAAAAUUGUACUGGAUAUAUAGCUGUAUCAGUUCUAAACUGUUCUUCCUAGAGGUCCAGUAAGAGUCAUCUCUUAUUGAUCCGAUGUUCCUACAGGAGGAAACCUAAACUAUAAACUAACUUUAUUCAUACUGAAUAGCUCUAUCAGUUCUAAACUGUUCUUCCUAGAGGUUCCAGUAAGUAUCAUCUCUUAUUGAUCCACUGUUACUACAGGAGGAACCCUAAAUUAAACUAACUUUAUUUAUGCUGGAUAGCUCUAUCAGUUCUAAACUGUUCUUCCUAGAAGUCCAGUAAGUAUCAUCUCUUAUUGAUCCAGUGUUACUACAGGAGGAAACCUAAACUAAACUAACUCUAUUUAUACUGGAUAGCUCUAUCAGUUCUAAACUGUUCUUCCUAGAGGUCCAGUAACUGGCAGUAAGUAUCAUCUCUUAUUGAUCCAGUGUUACUACAGGAGGAAACCUAAACUAAAUUAACUAACUUUAUUUAUACUGGAUAGCUCUAUCAGUUCUUAACUGUUCUUCCUAGAGGUCCAGUAAGGAUCAUCUCUUAUUGAUCCAGUGUUACUACAGGAGGAAACCUAAACUAAACUAACUUUAUUUAUACUGGAUAGCUCUAAUAGUUCUAAACUGUUCUUCAUAGAGGUUCCAGUGUCACUACAAGAGGAAACCUAAACUAAACUAACUGUAUUUAUACUGGAUAGCUCUAUCGGUUCUAAAAUUUUCCUCCUGGAGUUCCAAUAAAAGUCAUCUCUUAUUGAUCCGGUGUCGCUUCAAGAGGAAACCUAAACUAAACUAACUUUAUACUGGAACUAAAGUGUUCUCCCUAGAGGUCCAGUAAGGACCAUCUCUUAUACAUUGGUUUAACAUUAUAUAAGAAAUUCGCUAAAUAAUGCAUUGGAUUCAAUGGAUUUCUUAGCAUUAUAAACUUAUUGAUCCAGUAACCUGCGGUGUUUGGUUGAGUCAAACUGAUCCUGGAAGCAUUCUUUUCACAUGUAACUGAAGUGAAAUUAUAAUCCUGCACCGAACAGCAUAUUACAACGAUGUCCCGUCUGAAUACUGAUAUUUCUCUCUCUUUCUAGGUUUUUGCGUCGUGUUCAGUUGACCAAAGUGUCAAAGUUUGGGACAUCAGAGCAGCUCCAUCUAAAGCCUGUAUGUUAACAGCGCAUGCUCAUGACGCGGACGUGAAUGUUAUCUCUUGGAGUAGGUACGAGAACAGUACGUGUGGUGUCGUGAUCACUAGGCUUGCUUUUCAGGCUGGGAGACCCGGGUCCAAUCUUUGGUCGGACCUCUACUCAUAGUCUUAAAAUAAUUGAGGGGGAAGAGCUACCUUUACAUUGACAUAAGUAAAUGGUUAGGCUUUCGCGUUUUCUCGGAUAAGGACGUUAAAAUCGUAAGGUACCUCGGAUCCCCUUUCAAUUCAGGGUGUUAGCCAGAAAAUAAAGUUUUGUCCGUUAAACGUAAAUUGGGAAAGUUUUCUUGACCGAUCAAAGUCCUUGUGCAGGAGUAAAUAGUGUUUUUUUUCAACGUGUUUCUCCUUAGAUGCAAACAACGGUAGCUUGGUUUUUUACAUUUCAUUUCCGGUGAAUGAACACUGAAAAAUGCACCGGAUGGCACUUCGUUUUGUAUAUUUCAUUUCCGGUGAAUGAACACAGAUGCACACCGAUUACACUUUGUUUUGUACAUUUCAUUUCAGUGAAUACACAGUCACCCAAUAUGAAUGAAACGCGAUACAUUUUGAGAAAAUAGUUAAUGGGAAAAAGUAAAUAAAAGUUCUUUGAUAUAAUAAUAUAAAAUCAAACGCAAUGCACUUUCUCAUCAGAAAAAAUGAAAAUCUUCCAGUAGACCCAGUUGGGAAAGCCCCUUAGCUACUUCAAUAGACCUUUCCCCUUAUAACCAAAAUUUUGAUCUGGGCAAGUCUAGACAAAUAUUUCAUCACAGCUUGAAAGAGCAUCACAAAAUUAGUAAUAUUCCAAAGUUUCGUUGCGAAAUGUUGUAAAAUGAGGAAAAUAGAGCCUUGCGAAGUUUGCAAUUUUCAGUCAUUUUGCAUUACAAACGGGAAAUUAAUUGCAGCCCCAACACCCGAAUCGGAUGUCAAUUUCCCGUUUGUAAUACAAAAUGACUGAAAAACGGCAAACUUCGCAAGGCUAUAUUAUCCGCAUUUUACAAGAUUUUGCAACAAAACUUUGGAAUAUUACUAAUUUUGUGAUGCUCUUUCAAGCUGUGAUGAAAUUUUUGUCCAGAUCGAAAUUUAGUUAUAAGGAGAAAGGUCCAUUGGGAAGAGUCCGUCAAACGGACAGUAUGGGCUAGCUAACAACCUGAAAUUAGACAAUAGCCUGUUGGGAAAUCCGCUCACCACUGAGUGAGAAAGUCAAUAAAUUCAGAAUACCAUCAUAUUUUAUUCUUCGAAGGCCGGACUCUGGAAAGCAUGAGCAGACUACCCUGGAUCAGGGGGUUUCGCUGAAGCUGUAGCCUGCACUCAGGUGGUACUGGCUAAAACUUUGACACCAGAAAACCUCUGAACCCAGGGUAGCAGCAGACUUGUAGCAGUACUGUUCCAACAACUUGUCAACAGGAUGUGUUCCCAGCUUGUUGACAAGUUGUCAACGGCUUGUUGACAACAUGCUACAAGGUUGUUGAGCUCAACAGACUUGUUACAAGUUGUUCCAACAACUUGUUAUCGUCCUGCAAUUCAAUAAUUUGUCAACAAGUUGUGAGUGACAUUCUUAUAACAACUUUAUGAAAUAAUAGCAUUGUUACAACUUGUUGACAAGCUUGCUACAAGCUUGUUGCGUUUUUGCGUGUGUAGUCUGGAGUUAGACAUAGUAAAGGCAGGCCGCCAGGGUAAAAGUCUACCGCCUUAAAUAUUUCGUCUCUUCACAGGAAGGAACCUCUCCUAGUCUCUGGUGGCGACGACGGUGUGCUCAAAGUUUGGGAUUUGAGACAAUUCAAAACGUAAGUAUAAUUGUUGAUCCGGUUUCUGCUAGUUACUUCAAACUCAAUUUAAUUUCAACUUAAUUUUCAAUUUUUAAUCGAGACAAAAAACCAUAGUAAUCACACCAUUCACAGGAAUUUUUUCUACAAAAACAUUUAUGGUUUUGAAGAUGGGAAAUAAUACUAUUCCCAUUUGUAAAACCCAUCAAUGGAUGAGGCGAAACCAUUAAUGGUUUUCUUUUUUAAACUAUAUUAAUGUGGGUUUUAUGUCAUAUUAGCGCAGCUUGAGUGUUUUAUAUCUGAUAAAGUACGGACUGAGAAUGUUCUAAAUGGCUGGAAAAACGAUCCGUCUGAUGAGUUCAUUGGCGAAGUAAUUUUAAAACUAAACGUUGUCUAAGCCGAGAAUAUCAAAGCUAAAGUUUAUGUAAAUGAACAUGAUUUUUUAUCACAUAUAAAACCACCGACACGGUGGUUUUAUAUGGUGAGUUUUUUAAUCAUAUUAACUUCAUCCGUGAUUAUAGUUUUUACUAUGAAUGAUAAGAAUGAGCUUUAUUUAUAUUACAUAAUGUUAAUUGCUGUGAAUAUUGUUUUGAAUAUUGCCAACAAAAUGUAUAUUGGUGGCAUUUAAAUGAAACUCAUUAAUGGUACCAUUAAGGUGGCUCCAUACAGAUGUAAAGAAACAACAGCGAAAAUAACUGGUCUUCACAAUGACGCAAAAUAUUUGCUAUCGAUGUGAAAUGGGGAUUUUUUUUGGAAGUAGAAACGCUUGCGUAAUCUUUAUACUAAUUGUGUGAUGCUAUGAUAACAAUGUGGCCCAAAUUCAUUGAAUCGUGUAUUUUCUGUCGUAGUGGUGAAGCAGUGGCAGUAUUCAAGCACCAUACGGAAGCUAUCACGUCGGUGGAAUGGUUGCCAACAGAUAAUUCCGUUUUUGCUGCAUCCGGGUCGGAUAACCAAAUAACCUUGUGGGAUCUGGCGGUCGAGAAAGAUGACCAGCAGGGACAACAGGAGAAACCUGUUGAUGUACCACCACAAUUGCUGUUUAUACAUAUGGUAAGUAAGUGGUAGUGGUGGUCAGAUGGU